CAUCAGUCAGAUUGACGUGAAUGGACAUGUUGAGGUCCUCCAACAGUGUGUUCCUGGCAUUGUCUGUCAUUGAGUUCAUGCUAGGAAUGCUGGGGAAUGGCUUUAUUGGGUUGGUUAAUGGCAGUAGCUGGUUCAAGAGCAGGAGAAUCUCUUUGGCUGACUUCAUUACCACUCUGCUGGCUCUCUCCAGGAUCAUCCUGCUGUGGUUUCUCUUGGUUGACAAUGCUUUAAUGGUAUUAACUCCCGUUGUGAAUAAUGAAAAGAUUAUAAUGCAGACUCUUGGAACUUUCUGGAUAUUUACCAAUGACUUAAACAUUUGGCUAGUCACCUGUCUCAGUGUCCUCUACUGCCUGAAAAUCGCCAGUUUCUCACACCCCAUGUUCCUCUGGCUCAAAUGGAGGGUGUCCCGGGUGGUGGUGUGGAUGCUGCUGGGUUCAGUGCUCCUGUCUUUUGCCAGCGCCAUGUGUCGGAUCCAGGAAUUUAAGUACUACCCUCUUUUCAGUAGAAUCAGUGACACAAGGAAUAUGACUGAGCAUUGUAGGAAGAAGAAUGAAUAUAAGCUCAUGCAUGGCAUGCGAAAUUUGUGGCACCUCCCACCUCUGAUUGUGUCUCUGGCCUCCAACCUUCUGCUCAUCCUCUCCCUGGGGAGACACACACGUCAGAUGCAGCAAAACGGUGCCAGCUCCAGAGAUUCCACUACAGAGGCCCACAGAUCGGCCAUCAAAAUCAUCCUCUCUUUCUUCUUUCUCUUCUUACUAUACUUCCUUGCCUUUAUAAUCACAGCAUUCAGACAUUUUCUGCCAGAAGCUUGGAUGAUUAAGAUGGUUGCAGGAACAAUUACAAUGUUUUAUCCAACUGGUCAUUCAUUUAUUCUCAUUCUAGCAAACAACAAACUGAAAAAGACACUUGUACAGAUACUCUGUCGUGAUUCUAGCUAUUUGAAAUCUUAA